AUGUCGCUUAUAGAUUCAACGUUUCGCCGUAGCGUAUCACAGCAUGCCAGUAUUGUUGUUGGACAGGCAGCGUUCGUGCGUGUUGCAAGUGUAAUGCGCAAAGGUAGCAAACAGAUUGCAAUGUCUUCCAUGUUCUACUUAUUGUUGGGAACGGUACUCUUCCUCACAUCGUUCGGCAUUUCCGGCUUAUGCAUAUUCUUGUCGCUUUUGCUUGGCCUUAUCCUCGGAUUGUUUAUGGCUACGCUUAAGCGUGGUCUCGAAAUAUCGGAUAAGGAUUUAUGUGAACUUGAUGAGAUCACCAAGAAAUUCCGUUUCAUAUCUGGACGCCAAGGAUAUCUGGAAAAUCGCGGACGAUUCUCCGAGAACGCUUAUGAACAGGAGCAACCCAUGACGAAUUCAGUCACUAUCGAUGCUAUACUUGAACAGAUGCUAUCUUAUGUGAUACGAGAUUUCAUUGAUUUGUGGUAUAGCAGUUUAACACCGGAUCAUCAUUUUAAAGAAAGUUUAAAACGAAGUGCUAGGCGAACUGUCGCUGCUUUUUCUCAGUGUGUUCAAAAGGUGGAUUUUGUGCCUCUCUUAACUCAGCAUAUUGUCGAUGAUAUUGCUUCACAUUUCCGUCUGUUUCGGAGAGCUAAGGAACGUGCACAGCUUCAUUACGGUAAAAAUUACACAACGGAUGAAUUAGAAACGAUGUUUUUUGAUUUAGAACUAGAAAUGGAGAAGUGUUAUUGCAGGGAUCUUGUUUCCACCUGUCCACAUUAUGAAAAUGCAUAUUUUCAUGAUGUUGCUGAUAUUCUGUUGUACCUUUUGACACCUGCUGAAGAUUUCCGUUCUCGACCCUUUCGUUUUCUUGUUCGAGAAAUAUAUAUUAAGCGUAUGAUGCUACCCCUUUUCGAUAUGCUUAGUGAUCCUGAUUUCAUUAACCACAGCAUAAUUUGGUUGCUUAGUGAAACAAGUUUGAAAUCAGAAGAUUUCAUCGCAACACUUGAAACUACUGACAGUAUGAAGGAACUGGAUGCAGUGCUGGAUUCACUUCGUGAAGAAGCAGCACAUCUGCGAACAAAAGAUUCCGGUGGUGAACAAGGCUUUUUGGUAAAACAGCAACUAGCCAGUAUUGAUUACGCAAUAAAUAUUAUAAAGCGACGAAUGGAUGCUCUAGAAACCUUCGAAGUUGAGAACGAUUUGCGAGAGGUAGCGACAAAGAUACCAUUAGGUAAUUCAUCUAUUGUACAAUUACCAAUUCACGUUGUAUUGUCAAAUAACACGGCAGUUACAUAUUUCGCUGAUUUUCUUGCGUCUGUUGGUGGACAAGCAUUAAUUGAUUGUUAUUUGGCUGUCGAGGGCUUUAAAAUAUCUGUGGAGCAUCAGCUACGAGGACUUGCUGUGGGUGAAACUCUUGAAAGUGACGCCUACGAAACAGUCAAGGAAGCAGCCAGUUUCCUUUAUCAACAAUAUAUAUCGCAGGAAGCAGUUACACGGGUUUCACUGGACGAUGUUACAGUGAAAAGAUUAUUAAUGCGCAUUCGAAAUGACGAUCCUCCUGACGUAUGGUUCGAACAAGUGCAAGCAAAGAUUGUAGAUAUUUUGCAAACUGACGAACGCUUUUACGAUUCUUUCAAAAAAAGUUCGAUAUAUAUAAAAAUGUUAAAUGAGCUUGGGCUAAAUGAGGAUAUCAAUUGUCAAAUAGCAAAUUCACAGUAUAACGAUGAAAACAAUAUUAAGUCAGUAAUCAUACCCACGUCUGAGACUAAGAUUGCAAAUAACGUCGAUGGGCUAAAACGUACACAAGUAGGAAUGCAUGCUGUCGUUGAAACACUUGGUAUUGGUCAACAAGGGAAACAGUCUUUUGCUCUUUACAAUGUACGCGUUUCACGAAUUGAUGCAACUGGAAAACAGAGUAGCACUUGGAACGUUCUUCGGCGAUAUUCUGAUUUUCAUACACUCAAUUCACUCAUACAAUCUCGCUUUCCGAAGCUCAGCAAUUUAUGUUUCCCAGGAAAAAAGACAUUCAAUAAUCUCAACUCACGUUUUCUUGAAAAAAGAACGAAAGCACUCAACAGCUACAUGAUGAGUAUCCUACAGCCAUCAGUUCUGGAAGCUAAUGCCGAUCUAGAAACACUCAUAUUUGAUUUUCUCAGCAUGAAGGAUUAUAUCGGCGAGAGGGAAGGCUUUCCGAAAAAGGUUAUGAGUGCUGUGUUUGAACCAUUAAAAAGUGGUGUACGAGCUUUCGGAAAUGCAGUAACAGCUAUGCCCGAUACAGUUUAUGAUGGAGUAACUCGUGUGGGUGAUGGUAUUAAUAAAGCUGCAAAACAGAUCAUCGAUUUUCAACCGACACAGGGUUUCAAUGGUCUAUCAAAUAAAAAGGAUGAUUUGAGUCGUGUGGCGGCCGUUUACAACGACCAGCAAUGGAUAGAAAGCAUACCAUUACGAGUCCUCGUGCUUCUAAUUGGCGAAGUAUUCGGCGUACGUUCUCGAAAUGCGUGGUUUCGAAGAAGGCUGGUAGCUGUAUUAAAUCAGUUUGUUCAUGCAACGAUGGGCUCUUCGCUGAAUCGCAAAAUUAUUGAUAUCGUCCAGUGGUUAACGUCAAAGCAGCAGGUGGCUCAAUACCUCGUUGCAUUCAGAAAUACAUUAUGGCCUGAUGGAAAGCUGGCGGAGGGUAUUAAGCGUCGUCCAGAAGGUGAACGGUUGAGAACAAGCGUAUUGGCCAGGGCCCAGAUGUUGAGUGCUUUGCCGGAUGAAUUACGACUAUUUAUAGGCGCUGAGACCACAAACAGAGGGAUCGCAAACGUUUCCGAAGCAUUUCAAAAUUGUCGACUCAACCGACGUCUUCUCUAUGUCAUAUUUGAAAGGCUUCUUGCAAAUUUUUUUCCGGACAAUCAUUUUGAAAAAAUUUUCCCUCAAUUACAUGCAAGAAGCCCACGCUCAAAGCCUUUCCAUGUUUAGCCUUCGAACAACAAACACAUCUCAUGUUCGAGGAAUGUAGAAUCCAAUUUUUUUAGAAUCAAAAAUGUCCACGCUUGAAAUUGCUAGAUUACAUGGAACCAGUUCCACUCAGGAACCUUGUGAAAUAAGUCCGUUGUCCUGUUAUUUGCACCAUCCAGUGUCAAAUUCACACCACUCAUUGUCAAGUUCUUUGUUGACGAAGGUAACUUUGGUGAUUUUGAGAUUUACGUAAAAACCCACUAUGACAGAUGCUUGCGUUAUAGAUCAACUGAAUUAUAUUCACGAGAAGGAAAUCAUACGACGCUCCGAUAGACAGCCUCAGCAGUAUAUUCAGCGAAGCAGGAAGACAGAGCGUUCAGCCAUGCUUAUAGCUAAUUUCAUUCUAAUGCUCAGCCAGCUCAUAAAGUACUUAGUUUACCAUUUCGUUGAUCUCACUGAUAUGGGUUUGUAUGUUUGUAAGAUUAUUUACCAUAUUUUUAUUUCGACUUAACCUGUAUUACCUUAUCAUUGCGAUUUGUUCACUUUAGUAAUGACCUCUUGUCAUUCUGCUCCCCAGACAUAUGGGUCUUUACCGGGUGCUGAUAUUACCUUUUAGAUAGUUUUGCUUAAGCGAUUUAACAAACGCAUAAAAUAGGAUAUUAAUUAUGCCACUUCGUAAUGUCUAAGACUGUCCGACGAUAUAGUCGAUAUAGUCAGUACGACGUAAUAAAAUUAAAUGUCUUUUCAAGGAAAUCACGUCCUCACUGAAGUCACCAAAUCGCCUUUCAAGACUUCAAAAAGGAUAUCCCUCAUC